AUGAAGGUCUACAGCAUCGGUGGCUCUCGCAACAUUGGCUACUAUGCGUCCCUACGUCUCUUAGACGCCACUGUCACGUUCCUCUUGCGCUCUCCGGCCGUCUUCGACGACGAUGCGACUAUGCAGACGUACAUCCACAAUGGAUCAGUGCGCAUCGUGAAGGGUGACGCGCUCGACAAGGAAGAUGUGCAACGUGGAUGGCAAGAGGCUGCGAAGCCAUCCCAUGACGGCGACCUCGCCGGCGUUGACACUCUUCUCUUCACGCUCGGUGGGACUCCAAAAUUUGACUUCUGCAAGGGCCUCGUCAUCUCCCCGCCCGACCUCGUCACUCAUGCGACGUUGAACGUACUCACUACCCUCCCGACGCCGUGCCCUCGUAUCGUCACCGUUACCUCGACCGGAUUGACCAAGCAGUCCCACAACGAGCUGCCGAUGGCAAUGCGCGCUAUGUACGGCUACCUUCUCCGCUCGCCUCAUGCCGACAAACAAGGCGUCGAGACCGUUCUCGCGCGUGCAUCGGGAGCGACCGUGGACGAGACUAUGACUCCGCCGGAGGGAAUUCUGCCUGACGGUUGGGAGAGCGACCCUAGCUUGCCAAUCCCAGGAGCUAUUCAUGACGAGCUCGUCGUCAUACGCCCCGCUUUCCUCACUGACGGCCCAUGUUUGAGCGAGACGAAGAAGCCGUCUGUCGUACGCACUCGUGCCGAAGCGGAUCUUCCUGUCAAAGGAGGAUACACGAUUAGCAAGAAGGACGUAGCCUACUUCAUCGCUGAGCGUGUCCUGGGCGACGAGUGGUACAAAUGGCGGGGCAAGGGCGUUUCCGUCUCCCACUGA